AUUUAGUAGUGUUCGUUUACAAUACGCAUGCGCUGUAAAAUUGGAGUAAAUCAAUAUGGCGGAAAAUAGCCCCGGAUAAUAUUUUCUCAAAAUUUGAAGAAAUUGCGAUAUUGAUAGAGUAUCAGGAUGGCACAUCAACUUCAUUUAGAAAAGGAAAAAUACAGACAGUGGGUAAAAGCUGGUUUAGGACUUGGAUAUUUAAAGGAGGGACUGGUACCAUUCUGUAAUGACAUAGCUGUCCAACAACAUAAGGAUAUCUUACAAAACAUUCGGUCUACAAAAUCACUACCAUCAACUGUGACGUGUGGCAUCUGUCGUGUUGAAACUCUCAAACCAGACCAUAAACCAGUAGGGAAUGCUAAAAACAGAGUUUGUCCUCUUGGGCAAGUAAAAUGCAGCUGUUGCUGUAAGGGCAAAAUUGCUUGUCCGAACAACAUAUGUGGCGCCAUCUAUGACUUUAUUGUGCAGCAUCAUGCCUCCACGCCACCUGCACCUAACUGGAAAAACACCGAUGCUAAACAGUGGGUGACAGACCCUUGGAGCAUUUGUAAGUGUUUUAUAAAUGCUCCAGGGUACGAGCAGAAACAAUCUGCUGGUGAAACUGAUUGUACUGGGUUAUUACAUCUAAUGAUAAAUAACCAGUAUUUUCAUAGCCACAUUGGAUGCAAUGUCACAGGAACAAACAAUCUUUUUACAAAGGUUCGUCACUAUAGAAAUGCUAUCUUUCACUCAAGCAGCAUGGAAUUAGAAGAAAGUGAAGCAGAUACUUACUUAGAUGAUAUGAUAGCAGUUUUACAAGAUGGUAAGGAGUUAUUAAAUCGAUCAGAUGCCCAGAUAGCGGUGAAGAAACUUCAAGAUCUGAAGAACAAAGAUUUUAUUAUUACGACUGAAAGUUUUGAAGAGAUUCUUAGGCAAAUCAAAGAAGAAAUGGCAAAAGUUUUGAAAUCAACAGAAAGUGCUGCAACUAAAGAAGAAUAUGAUGAUCUGAAGAAGAAGCUAAUAGAUCUUGAAGCUAAAAUGUCUGAUGAAAAGAAGGGGAAACUGGAAAAUGAAAAAGAACUUGCAGAACUAAAGAAAACUAGUUCAGCCCUGAAGAAGAAGCUAUUAGAACUUGAAGCCAAGAUGUCCAGAGAAAAUGACGAAAAACUUGAGAAUGCAGAAUUGAAAAAGAAACUUGGCGUCUUGGAGACUCUUGUUUCUGAACAGAAAAAGGAGAUAGCAAAAAUAAAGUCGGAAACUUCUUCAGGUCAAAGUCAAAAUUAUGAGCAAACCAAGUUAGGUGAGUAAAUAUUUGUGUUGAACUUGAUAGUGUACACACCUUGA